GGGCUGCAGCACAGUGAGAGGAGAGGCGACUGCGGCUGACACACCGCGCUCCCUGGCACUGCAGCACCACUAGCGCCGUUCUACAGCUCAGACCCCUGGGGAGGGGCGAUGUAUGCUACCCCGUCCUGCUAGACCACUACAUCCCGCGGGACCUAGCAUCACACCCACACCAUGGCUAUCUCCCGAAGCAGCCUGCUCAUGUGCUCGCUCUUCUGCACCCUGCAGUUUGCUAGCGCCGCCAAACCGGGCAAGCAGCAGCACCGGACCUGCCCGGGUCCCUGCCUCUGUGAGCAGGACGCUAUGAUGAUGAGAGUGGACUGUUCUGACCGGGGACUCAAUGCGGUGCCUGCCAAUCUCAGCAUCUUCACGUCUUACCUUGAUCUCAGUAUGAACAACAUAACCAGACUGCCCCCUGGCACCUUACACAACCUGCACUACCUCGAAGAGCUACGUCUUGCAGGAAAUGACUUGACAUACAUCCCCAAGGGAGCUUUUGCCGGGCUCAACAGUCUCAAAGUUCUCAUGUUGCAGAAUAACCAGUUAAAACAAGCUCCAAGUGAAGCUUUUCACAAUCUUCGCAAUCUUCAGUCUUUGCGGCUGGAUGCAAAUCACAUAAGCUAUGUGCCACCAAACUCAUUCACCGGUCUUCAUUCCCUUCGUCACCUAUGGUUGGAUGACAAUUCUCUGACUGAGAUUCCAGUUAGGGCGCUGGAAAAUCUGUCCGCUCUACAGGCCAUGACGUUGGCAUUAAACAAGAUUCACCACAUACCAGACCAGGCCUUCAGGAACCUGUCAAGCCUUGUAGUCUUACAUCUCCAUAACAAUAGGAUCUACUCCCUGGGAAAGAAAUGCUUUGACGGGCUCCACAGUCUGGAGACUUUAGAUUUGAACUACAACAAUCUGGAUGAGUUUCCUGCCGCUAUCAAAACCCUCAGGAGCCUUAAAGAACUGGGAUUCCAUAGCAACAACAUCAGGUCUAUCCCAGAACAUGCAUUUAUUGGCAACCCCUCACUUAUCACAAUUCACUUCUAUGACAACCCGAUUCAACAUGUUGGGAGAUCUGCAUUUCAGUACUUGCCUGAACUCAGGACUCUGAUUCUCAAUGGUGCGUCUCAGAUCACAGUUUUUCCUGACCUAACUGGAACAACAAGCCUGGAAAGUUUAACGUUGACAGGGGCACAACUGCUCAGUCUCCCCAGUGUCAUCUGUGAUCAACUGCCCAAUCUCCAAGUGCUAGACUUGUCGUAUAAUCAUAUCAAGGAUUUGCCAAGCUUCUCUGGGUGUCAGCGGCUUCAGAAGAUAGAUCUGCGUCAUAAUGAAAUCUAUGAAAUUAGAUCCAGCACCUUUCAGCAGCUGAUUGUUCUGCGAUCUUUGGACUUGGCGUGGAACAAAAUAGCACUCAUUCACCCUAACUCAUUUUCAUCUUUGCCCUCUCUUACCAAGCUUGAUCUUUCCUCCAACCAUCUGACUUCAUUUCCCGUUACUGGAUUGAAUGGUUUGACUCAUUUGAAACUGACAGGAAACACUGCCCUGCAAGAACUCAUUCCAUCAGAGCAUUUUCCAAAGCUCAGGGUUAUGGAAAUGCCUUAUGCCUAUCAGUGCUGUGCGUUCUCCGUCUGUGAAAGUGUUUUGAAGCAGUCCAGUCCAUGGAGCAAAGAUGACAACAGCAGCACUGAGGAUUUUUUCCGAAAGGAUGCAGGAAUGUUACACCUACAAGAUGAUCGGGACUUUGAGGAUUUCCUUCUUGACUUUGAAGAAGAUGUAAAAAUGUUACACUCUGCACAGUGUACACCAUCUCCAGGUCCAUUCAAACCUUGCGAUCAUUUGUUUGGGAGUUGGCUGAUCCGAAUUGGCGUGUGGCUCAUAGUCAUCCUAGCUUUCAUUUGCAAUGCUUUGGUGAUUGCCACAGUCUUCAGGCAUAUAUCAUAUAUCCCAUCCAUAAAGCUUUUAAUUGGUCUCAUAGCCAUCAUGAACACGCUGAUGGGUAUAUCCAGUGGUGUCCUGGCCACUGUUGAUGCUUUGACCUUUGGAGGCUUUGCUCAGUAUGGGGCUUGGUGGGAAAAUGGCGUGGGCUGUCAGAUAACAGGGUUUCUGACAGUGUUUGCGGCAGAAACCUCCAUCUUUCUCCUUACGGUGGCUGCACUUGAGCGUGGACUUUCUGUGAAAUCAUCUACUAAGUUUGAAUCAAAAUCCUCAUUUCUAAGUGUAAAACUAUCUAUCAUCUUCUGCUUUAUUCUUUCCCUGGUCAUUGCAGUGUCACCUCUGUUGAGUGGUAGCACAUAUGGGACCUCUCCAUUAUGUUUCCCAUUGCUUUUUAGUGACCCCUCCUCUAUGGGCUUUAUGGUUGCUUUAGUCCUUCUGAACUCUCUCUGCUUCCUUGUUAUGACCGUUGCUUAUACCAAGCUCUACUGCACGUUGGAGAAAGGGGAACUGGAAAAUGUGUGGGACUGCUCAAUGGUGAAGCAUAUUGCUCUGCUGCUCUUCACUAACUGCAUCCUCUACUGCCCAGUGGCCUUCCUGUCAUUCUCCUCACUAUUAAAUCUCACGUGCAUCAGUCCAGAAGUGAUUAAAUCAAUUCUCCUGCUAAUUAUUCCUUUACCUGCAUGCCUAAAUCCUCUUCUCUACAUUCUUUUCAAUCCACAUUAUAAGGAAGACAUCUGUAGCCUAAAAAGUGCUGACAUGUUGUGGAAUAGGUCUCAGCAAACAAGUCUUACCUCCAUCAAUUCGGAAGAUGCAGAAAAGCAGUCCUGCGACUCCACACAAGCCCUGGUUACCUUUACUAGCUCCAGUAUAUCCUACGAGUUACCAGCUGGCUCCUCCUACCAAAUGACUGACAACUGCACACUCUCACCAGCCACCUACAUGUCGAGUCACUGACCAGCUGGCCGCUCUCGCUGGUACAAUAAGUACAAUACCACAUGUCUCUUAUGUGUUUUUAUAUUCCUAAAAGAAUGAUGUCAGUUUGUUCUUACUCCAUCAACAGUGCUAGUUUUGUUGAAUAUUGUCUGAAAGAUAAAUCUUAGGAUUUAUCUUUAAUCUUUACAGGGUUAUCUUGUAUUUAUGUUACAUCAUUUCCUUUAAUUAACCUACAACUGAAUGCUCAGAAUGUUGUCAAUAUGCCCUCAGCUGCCAAGUUUUCAGUAUUCAUAACUCCUAAAAAAAAUGUUGCAAUAUUGUCUCUGGAAAGGGAACAUUUUUCAUCAAAAGCAAACUAUUCUAGUCUCAGAGCUAAUAUACAGUAUAUGACACAAUGUCAAUACCCGGACACAGGGGGUAAUUCCAAGUUGAUCGCAGCAGGAAA